AAUGGUUAGAAGCGGGCUAUAUCUAACGGACGGUACUGUGCAAAGCUAAAAACUACGGCUGACGUUUCACUUAGGCCGAUGUCUUCAUCAUCCUCUAGUAAAGCAAAGCCCCCAACAGAAGAGGAAAUAGUAGAAGGUUUCAAUCGUUUGCGUUACGAACAGCGCUCAAUCGGGAGCAAAAUUAAUGAUCUAGAACUUGAUCAAAGGGAACACAAUAUGGUCAUUAAAGUGUUGCAGUCGGUGGAGCCUACUCGUAAAUGCAUGCGAAUGAUAGACAAUGUAUUAAUUGAACGUCAAGUGAAGGACAUCCUUCCGGCUCUUGAAGAUAGUGUAAAAAAAAUGUCUGAAUGUAUCGAAACAUUGUCAAAGCAGUUUGAAGAAAAAGGUCGAGAACUUCAAAGAUACAAAGCUGAACAUAAAAUAAGGAUUGCUGGUGAAAAAGACUCUACAGGUUCAGAGAAAAAAGAUAAUGUAUCUUCGUCAUCAACUUCGGGUGUGUUAGUAUCCUGAGCAUUUUGCUGUGUAUAAUGUAAUCAUUGUGGAAUGUGAUCAGUAUGUACUAUAAAGAUGCUCUCCAUAUGUAACAUGACUAAUGUAUUUACACUUUUACAGAAAAAACUAUCAGUUGAAUGAAACAUUCGUCAUUUUUGUCUUUUA